UUUUAAAAGGUUCACAGAGGACAUGCGCAGUAGGCACACAAACGAGAUAGAUACCUUUCUCACCAGUGCUGUGGUUGUUUAUCCGUGUUUACCCGUUUUAUAUCGACCAUAGAUUCCAACCUCAAUAAUCCGUAUCUACCAGCAUAGCACAGGCAAAUAAUUAAAACAACUCCUUGUUGUCUGCCAGUGUAGCCGGCUGCUAGCUUUCUCCGUGCAGCAGUGGGACCAUGUUUACCUCCCAAACCUCGUCCUUCCAGGAUUCAAUUGACGUGGAAGAGAAGGAUGACUUUGAUGGCGAAGAAAUUGCUGGAUACAGCCAGAAGAUUCAACUGAACUGCUACUACACUAUAUAUCUUUAUCAAGGCACAAGAUCUGAGGCUUCUGGGGAAAAUGUGGCAUGGAACCAGAGAAGAGCAGACUCCACAACCAGUCAGGAUGACUUUAGCCUGACACUGAUUGACAGCAGCCUGCCAUCAGAGGCGGAACCUGAGCUGCGGACCUACAUUUCAAGGAGACUGAGCAAAGGAGCCUUGCUCGGAGGCAUGGGCAACAUCGCCACUGUGGAACUCAGUAUCCCAGAGGAGGCAGUCGGCUGCUACUGCUGUCUCCUGGAGCAGGAAAGAUCUCCUGAACAGCCUGAUGCUGAUGGGAAUGGAUAUGUCAUCUGCUUUAUGGGUGGCUCUGAAAAAGGACUGAACUUAUUUAGAUUAGAGCUUGAUAAAUACGUCCAAGGCCUGCAUAGCAGCCUGCAAACCCCAGAGCUGCAAAACCUGGAGACGGAGGUGCGUCCCUAUCUGAGCCGGUGGUAUGAGGAGUCUGUGAUGCACAUUUACAGAGUGGUGCAGCUGGUCCAGAGCAACAUCAGCUUUCUGUUGCACGCUGCUCUGAGUCAUACACAUGUGGACGUCACCAAUUCAGACGAGAGGACGAAGGCUGAUGUGUCCAGGUUCAUUAAAGCAGCCAGUUUGCAGGGUCUGUCCCAGCAGGACACCACGUCAGCUUCUCUGUGUAAGGCUAUCUCAGAGGACACACAGUCUGACCUGGUUAUAGACUGCUCCACCAGCCCACCCACACUCUCUAACAAUGUCAGUAAUCGUUUCUGUGAUGACUGGAUACAGGCAUUUCUAAAUGCUGCAGAGCGUUGCAAUCCCUUCCUGCUCAGACAGAUUCUGGAGAACUUCAAACUUAAGGCCAUCCAGGACAUGAACAGCCUGAAGCGCUUUGUGCGGCAGGCGGAGAUGAGUCACUACGCCCUGUUUCGCUGUUGCCAGUUCCUACAGGGCUGCGGAAAUGGGGAUGUGUUGUUGCAGAAUGCCAGGGCGGAGCACAGCGACCUGCCUGAAGCCUGCAGCAUCAUCACUGUCCUGGAGGAGUUCCUCAGGGAACAGUCCCAAGCUCAGGCCUGAUCCCAAUACACUUAACACUUAACUCCAAGUUGUGGCGUGUGCAUACUUUUCCUGUUCUUGGUAAGACAGACUGCUCUACCAGCAGGUUACUAUAAUUCUAAAACUAGCACUACACCCCAUUUUAAACUUUCCAGCUGUUCUGGCAGAUUCAGAUUCAUUUAAAUAUUAGUUAUAAUAAAAUAAAAAAUAAGUUUCCUCUUCUGCCACUACUGCUGCUUCUCAACUAGAAGAGUGGUGGUCAGAUCUGGAAUAUGUACUGUAAAAUACUGACAACUUACACUCAGCUUUUCUCAGCAAAUGUCUUUUUUUGGGGCUAAUCAUAGUUUAGUGACAUCACUGCAUUGAUCUUAACAAUUAAGGUUAGUUGUUAAUUGAACUGUAAGGAAAAGAGCUCAGUGAAGGUGAAUUCCAAUUUCCCACAAAAAGUCAGCAGGUAGAUCAGUUAAGAUCUACUUGUAUAGAGGCACUUUCACUGUCUUUUCCCUUUUUGUGUCGUGUGAGUGUGGGUAACAAUACUAUGAACCAAAUAUUAUUACAAAUGUUUUGCUAACUGACAAUGAUCACAACACAGAAUUGAUCCAAACUAAAGCUUGAGCUCAUUGGAGCAUAUUUAUCUAUUGUUAAUUUGAUGUCCAUAUAUUCUUUUAGAAUUGUUUUGCAUUUUAUUUAAAUGUAUUAAUUUUCUUGUGUGAAGAAACAUAUUGAGAAUGCACAAAUCACUUUUAUGCAUUGCUUGUUACAUAGGCCUGGUUAUUGCUUACAAUUCAAACCAAUACUUGCACUACUAUAUUAUUUUUGUCUAAUGAAUACUGCUACUUUAUGUACGUACUAUGUCUAUCAAGUGAUAUUAGAUAUCUGUUUAAUUCUUCUCUGGGAAUACAGUGUUGUAGAUAUGGUGUUAUCUUUGGAUAUAAUGUGUACAUUAGAGCAAAUUAUUUUCUGUUUACAAACAUCUUCACAGCCUUCACCAGCUCAAGAAUUCAAGAGAAAUAAAUGGCCACUAUGUGACCAGUCACUCACUUCACUGACUUAACAUUUGUGUAGUUUAAAAGGUUCUGCAAUAUUAAUGCCCAUAGAAAAAAAAUAAAUAAAUAAAUGAAUAAGAAAAGAUGAUAUAUGAAAGUGCUCACAAUAAUAUUUACAUGUCUUAUUUUAUUCUGGUCUCAUCGUGCACCUGCAACAAAACACUUUUUUAGUAUUCCAUUAAACCCAUUAAGGGUUAAACAGACUCAAACCAUUCCCAUUAAAACCAGUGCAAAGUGUGGAAUAUAGCAAUAUCAGUGUUGGUGGUGUUUGACUUUAAACUGUGAACCAGGUGACAUGUAUAUGAUUCAUUUUACUCUUGUGAACCACAGUGUAGCUGACCCGCAGUGUGUAUCUGUAGAUUUUUCUGUAAAGCGUGUUCUCUAUAGUUAUAAAUGACUGUGUGGUUCUCGGUCUUAGACAGCCCGAGUCAUAGACAGCUGAAAUAAAUAUCACAAUUCAACCUC